AAGGGCGCGCCCACACGCGCGCUCCCAACUUGGUGAGGUGUUCCUCACUGACUGUACAUUCCGCGCGGACCAGCUGAUCCGUGCAGCACCAUGACUCUGUCCAACGGCCGGUGGCUUUUGUGCGCCGUUUUGCUCUCCGUGGCCGCCCGUUUCGGGUCCUGCAGAAGACACAGCGAAGAUGCAGUUCAACCCGAGCUCUUCAUCUUCAACGAGUUGUGCGCCCUGAGGGACGAGCCGGGGCCCUGCAAGGCCAUCAAGGAGCGAUUCUUCUUCAACGUGGACACGGGCCACUGCGAGCAGUUUGAAUACGGAGGCUGCGGGGGAAACGACAACAAUUUCAGGACUUUGGAGGAAUGCGAGGAAAUGUGCGUCGUCUCAGAUGAUAAGAACCCGUGUCACCUGGACGAAGCUCCGGGUCCCUGUCGCGGGCUGGUGACUCGCUACUUCUUUGACAGCAGCAGUCAGCGUUGCAGGCAUUUCUUCUACGGCGGCUGCUUCGGCAAUGCCAACAAUUUCCAAAGCAUGUCGGAGUGCCAGGCGAAGUGUCACAGCCCAGAGACCACGAAGGCACCAGAACGCCACUCGCUGUCUGCCAGAAAAUCUGCUGUGCGGCCAACCAUAUUGACCGGGGAAUGGAGUACCCCUCUGGUGCGAUCCAACGCCACUGAUCAAGAGCCAAAAGCCUUGAUCCCUGCAGAGCUGUGCUUCCGUCCCGUGGAAAGGGGGACAUGUCACGGUGCCGAGAAGAGAUUCGCAUUCAACCCCAAGACCAAGAGAUGCCAGAUGUUUCACUACAGCGGCUGCGGGGGAAACGAGAACAACUUCACGAAGCGCAAAAUCUGCAUUGACAAGUGCAUCGGAAGCAGAAAGCCUUUUUCGCGGUUGAUCCGAAUAAGGAAGAAAAACCUGUACCACGUUGUCCACCGCGCGGCCUGAACACUCGCCAUCACUCUGCACUACUCUGCAGUCACCUUCAUUUACCGUGCGUCCAUACGUAUAUGUUCAGCUAUACUCAUAUCGGUUUGGUAGUCCUGAGGUACUUGUAUAAAUGACAUUUAGUGUAUGAUUUAUCAUCAAUCUUAUCCACAUUUUUAUUUCACUAUCUUAUUGACAAAAAUACAACAAUAUUAUGCAUUUUAUUUCUAGAUUGUGUGCUGUAUUGUCAUUGCACUGUAACUUUAAUGUGGCAACACCGAAGCAAAAUGUUUGUUUGAUAUUACAAAGAUAUAGGACUAAAAUACUUCCCCUGCUAUACGGCCACUGAUGCUUUGAUGAUGAGUUUUGGUAUAACUCCAUUAUUAUUAAUAAUGAACGUCAACAACAACAUAAGCAGAUUAAACUGGUGGAAAUCAUGACAACAGUACACUAAAUAAAACCAUAUUAAUCAAGAUGACAAUGUCCUUACACUCAUUAAUCAAUGUGAACAGGUAAUGACUGCGGUUAUAUUUUUCAGAUUAAACAUACAACCUUGUUUUUUCCUUUUAUAAUCAAUUAUAUGAAGUUCAAUAAAUCACUCUUGCAGUCCUGCUGGCGUGGUUGACAUGGAGAACCAGAGAGGGGCAGUAGUGUGUAAAGUAAGUCUUCCAAAGAAGGUGCCAGUACUCAGUUCGCUGCAUAGUAUUAUCUUUUAUGUACUCUACCUUUGUUGUAAAGAAUUGGAAUGUACAAGUUCAUAUAAUAAACCUCAAGGAUCUUCUUAUCUCUC